GGCACCUCAGCACGAUCGAUCCGACGACUAUUGAUCUAAUUUAGAAACGUUCACCUGUCGCAGCUCUCUGCUAGGCCUACAUCUCUGAGCCUCACUCUGCCAGAGCAUAUCGCUCUGCAAAACUUUGUAAGCAUGAAGUUAUUGUCGAGCCAUGUCGCAAGAUGGGCCAUCUUUCUGUCGCUCCUCCAUCGUCAAGUCGAUGCUCAACAGGCCCCAGAUUUUGGGAACCGAAACUCCAUAAGACAUACGGAACUCACAUCGGACACAUCAUAUCGCGGUGUUCCCACGGUAACUCAAGCGGCAUCAACUCGCGAGGCCCCGAGUGUCCAAACUGCGUCCUUUCCAGCCGCACCAUCUUACAGCUCAGCUAAUGUUGACCGAAGGGAUCUGCCCGGGAUGGAUGCCAUCUCGGCAAGUCUUGAACCCCUCAUGGCUAUUCAAGCCCAGCUUCAGAAUGCGACAAAUCUGGCAAUGUCGUACAUGAUGAAGAUGUACAUGCUCGCAGUGUCCCUAGAGGCGGAGUUGAGUCAACAAGCAUCAUCAUCAAGCACUUCGUCUCAAACAUCAACAUCCUUUACGACGCAAGCGGGACAACCCUCGUCUGGUGUGACGGCCUCUAGCCUAAUGUCGAGCAGAAGCUUCACCUCAACCACCACGUUGUACGUAAACGCUUCUGGGUUUGUGGAGGACAUGACAAAGACAUCGAAGUCAUCAAUCUCAACUGUGCCUGGCAUGAGCAGUUCCCCGCCCUCGCUCAGCGUCACCGGCUCAAGCCGCGCUUCGGCCAUCGGAUCAUUAACCGUAGACCCUAUCGACAGCAUGAGCACUAUGCCCGGUACAAAAACUUACGGCGCAGGGUCUCAGCUGACAAGCGCCUCUCAGAGCAGGCCUCCAGGCGCGGAACAGACAGGACCCUGCGGCACGAAGUCGUCCAGCCACAGUCCGCAGUCUGCGGUUUAUUCUGGAGUGUCGCUGGGCACAAGCGUUUCCGUCACCACCACAACUACAACUGUGUUCACGGAUACGGGCUCUCGUACCGGCGCGGGUCCUUCUGCUUCGACUAGCACCAUCACAAGAAAGGAUGCUACGGAUGCGACUACGACUGUGCAAAGUACGCGGACUUCGACCAUCAAGACAACUGUCAGUCCAGCAGAUAGCUUGAACCGGGUGAUCAUUCCGCAAGGAGUGCGACGUGGCCAAUCUUUCCAGUUCGGCUCCGAAGAGGCUAGUGAGGCUAUGACCGCUCGUGGGCUGCCGGCAGAUGCGUGUGAGGACGCAUCGAAGACGUUGACUUCGACAUCCAAGUUCUGCAGCGGGGACUAUGGGACACAUAUAUGCCCCAACCCAGGGACACAGAGUUCGUCAACAGCGGUCGUGACAGGACCGUUGUACAUGACCUCAUCCCCGACUAAUGCAUACCAAGAGUAUAACUCCUCGCUUUCCCAAGCGACGGGCUGGCAGUCUGUGCCGGUGAUCAGUCGCGGCACUCGAGCGACGGGGAAGCCUGUGGGACUGUUCCGGAAUUUGGCGGGACUGGUUGGUGUUGUUCGUCGUUGGCAUUCUUUGCUUUGAUGGACGUCGAAUAAGGAGCUUGAACUACUCGAAUUCACCAAGUCAGGCAGCGCGAAUCUGAUCAACAUUGAUCGACGGCUUGUUCGAUUCAUCAAUUUGUUCUCCUU